GAACACCUGUUUCUCCACAGCCAGGACUAGGAUGGUAAGCAGCCAGCCGAAGUACGAGCUAAUCCAGGAGGUGGGGCGCGGCAGCUACGGCGUGGUCUAUGAGGCAGUGGUGAAGCGCACAGGGGCCCGGGUGGCGGUGAAGAAGAUCCGUUGCCACUCUCCUGAGAAUGUGGAACUGGCCCUGAGAGAGUUCUGGGCCUUGAGCAGCAUUCAGAGCCAGCACCCGAACGUUAUCCACCUCGAGGAGUGUAUCCUGCAGCGAGACCAGCUGGCCCAGAGGAUGAACCAUGGCUCCAGUUCUCCGCUCUACCUCGAGCUUGUGGAAACAUCCCUGAAAGGUGAGAUCUCCUUCGACCCCUGCUGUGCCUACUACCUGUGGUUCGUCACAGACUUUUGUGAUGGAGGGGACAUGAACGCCUACCUCCUCUCCCGAAAGCCCAGCCGCAAGACCAACACCAGCUUCAUGCUGCAGCUGGGCAGCGCCCUGGCCUUCCUGCACCGGAACCAGAUCAUCCACCGUGACCUCAAACCCGACAACAUCCUCAUCUCGCAGGUGUGCACGCCCACCGGCCUGUCCGAGCCCACCCUCAAAGUGGCAGACUUUGGCCUGAGCAAAGUGUGCUCCACGUCCGGGCUCAACCCUGAGGAGCCGGCCAGCGUCAACAAGUGCUUCCUGUCCACGGCGUGCGGAACGGACUUCUACAUGGCCCCGGAGGUCUGGGAGGGCCACUACACGGCCAAGGCUGACAUCUUUGCCCUGGGGGUGAUCAUCUGGGCCAUGGUGGAGCGCAUCACCUUCGUGGACGUGGAGACCCAGAAGGAGCUGCUGGGGAGCUACGUGCAGCAGGGCUCGGAGAUCGUCCCGUUAGGGGAGGCUCUGCUGGAGAACCCCAAGAUGGAGCUGCUGAUCCCCGCCAGGAAGAAGAGCAUGAACAGCCACAUGAAGCAGCUGAUCAGGGAGAUGCUGUCGGCCAACCCUCAGGAACGACCCGACGCCUUCGAGCUGGAGCUCAGACUGGUGCGGAUCGCGUGCAGAGAGCUGGACUGGGACACGUGAUAGGAGGGACGGGGACAGACUCCGCCCACCCAGCACAUGUACAUGUCUUAUACUGUCCAGUGAGACUGGAGCUAAAGGAGAGUUAGAGUAGAUGUUGGAUGUACCAUGGUUCAUUUUCUGUCUGAGCACAUACGGUUCUUCUACAAGCUGUGUCUUUAUAAAGAGAGAGAGGUGUGACACCCACAGCUGCUGCUGCUGCUCCGAACUGCAGCUUCGUCUCAGGCCACGCACUCAGCCGCCGCUUCCUCACAAUCAUGGCUCGAG